UGUCACCAAUGAUUGUUUUACUUGUAUCGUGUGCUUGCAAGUUGUAAACUUAGUUUGAUUGUGAUUUUUAAAUAGAAAAUUGUAGAAAUAAGCUGUUAAAAUGAAUGCCCCACCAACAUUCGAAUCAUUUCUUUUAUACGAUGGAGAAAAAAAGGUCCAGAAGGAAGAAGACACAAAGGUGACAAAUGCAGCUAUAUUUACGGUAAACAAGGAAGAUCAUACACUUGGAAACAUGAUCAGGCAUCAACUCCUAAAGGACCCAAAGGUCUUAUUUGCGGGAUACAAGGUACCUCAUCCUCUGGAACAUAAGUUUGUGUUGCGCAUCCAAACAACUUCUGACUACACUCCCCAGGAAGCUUUCAUGAAUGCUAUUACAGACUUAACCUCUGAACUAUCACUGUUUGAAGAAAGAUUUAAGGAAGCCAUAAAGGAGAAGAAAGAAGGAUUAGAUUAAAUUCAUUUAUAAGUUUUAGAUAAGAUUUCGAAUAAGUAAUAUUUGUAAUAAUGAAAUAAAAUAUUAAAUAAUAAAA